AUGACACCAAGCGCUGCCAGUCUUAUGGCUGCUGGACCGACAGUAACUCCAGGCUCUCCCAGUGUCAGUCCAACUGCCAAGAGUUCUACCACUGGAGCACCAACUGUGACCCCGGGAAAUCCCUCCAUGGUCCCAACCACUGCCAGCCCUCUUCCUGUUAUGCCAACUGUCACCCCUGGUUCUCCCAGUGCCAGUCCAACUGCCAAGGGUCAUACCCCUGGAGAACCAACUGUGACCCGAGGGAGUCCCUCAAUGACCCCAACUACUUUUGACCCUCUUCCUCCCAUGCCCACGGUCACCCCUGGUUCCCCCCCUGUCAGUUCAACAACUCCCAGUCCAAGAAUUGGAACACCAACCGUGACCCCAGGAAGUCCUUCAAUGGCACCAACCACUACCAGUCCUGUGAAUUAUGUGCCCACUGUAACUCCUGGUUCUCCCAGUGCCAGUCCAACAACUCCCAGUCCAAGAACAGGCACACCAACUGUGACCCCAGGAAGUCCUUCAAUGGGACCCACAACUUCCAAUCCCCUUGAUUCUGAACCUACCACAAUUUCUAUAUCUCCCAGUGAUGGUCCAACAAAUGGAGCGCCAACAGUGACUCCUGGAAACCCAUCCCUGGCACCCACUACUGCCAGUCCAAAUCAAACCCCCAAAGCAGCACCUGGAAAUGCUUCAGUUGUUCCCACAAUGGAUACCCCCAUUACCCUUCCUGCCCUUAGUGCAGCACCCAUCAGCAUUCCUGGUGUUCCAACCGCUGGGUUUCCAACUAUAUCAUCUACAGAUAUCCCACCACCAUGGCCAACACAGGAGCCUACAUAUGAUCCGUCUCCAGAACCAACAAUUGAACCAACAUUGGAGACAACUGAACUUCCAACAACCACACCCACAUUUGAGACAACAGACGAGACAACAGAUGAGACAACUGUUGAACGGACCCCUUCUCCAACAUCUUUCCCAACAGCUCCACCAUCCUGGCUCCCAUCCUCAAGCUGUGUCUUGACCACUUUUGAUUCACAGUCAUCAUUUUUAAUCUCUUUCAUUGGAGACAUUGCAUCAAUAUCAGAUGUCUCCUUGGUUAGCACCUUUGAGUCAAGCUACCAAUCCUUGCCCAAAAAUCCUUGCUCUCCAACUAUUGAAAAUGUCUCAAUCCAAAGAAACCCAACAAGCAGGAAGCUGCAAACUUCUUCUGAAAUUGAAUUUGCUGUCAUCAGCAAUCAGCCAAAUGGCAUCAACCUUUUGGAUUCAUUAGACAACACAAAUUCCUUCCUACAAUAUUUCAAUGGAUUCCUCAACAGUGCAAGUGUCAGUGCAAUAGGAAUAGUCCAAGUGACUAUACAGCCCCCUACAUCACAAAUCCCCACUGUCACCCCAGGCAGUCCCUCUGUCUCCCCCACUACCAUCAUUCCUACCAGUGGCACACCCACCAUAUCCCCGGGGAGUCCAUCUGUCUCUCCCACCACUGGAAGUCCAACAAGUGGCACACCCACAGUGGCUCAAGGAAGUCCUUCUGUUUCGCCCUCCACAACCAUUCCUACUAGUAGCACACCCACGUGGCACACCCACCGUAUCCCCGGGGAGUCCAUCUGUCUCUCCCACCACUGGAAGUCCAACUAG